UUAACAAGGAUUAUUUUUCUCAGGCGUUUGAAGACAUAGAAUUUCACCAGAUGGAGGCUGAGGCACACAGAGAAGCAGAGAGGGAAGAACUUAACAAAGAGGUUGCAGAGCUAAGGGAAAGGGUUGCAGCGAGACAAGUUAAAAUUGGAGAGUUAGAAAAUCACAUGACUGAUAUGACAGCAACAGUCAGACAAGAAACAGAAAUACUAGAGAAGGAACGUCAAAAUCUCCUCUCUAAGAUUGUAAAGGAGCGAGGACGUCUGACUGUUGCAGACCGCCGUCUUGGAGAACUGAUACGCUUAGGCCUCACACCCACCAAUGGCCAAUGUUCACCUGCUUGCUCGUCUGACACAGAAGAGAGUGGUGCUCCAGAGCUAGUUGAACGUCUUGCUAGAUUGCAGUUUCUUGACAGGUCACAGGAAGAUUUAGACAGAAUACAUCAGGUUACUUCAGCAACCCCACUUGGCUGUAAUGAUGGUACUCUUGGCCGCAGAACCUCUGCAACACUCAUGGAGAUUGAGCGUAACCGGCAGAUCCUGCUGGCAAAACAAGGAACAAUGGUCAUAGAGAAUGAACGCCGGCGAGUUGAAGAACUUAAGCGGAGAGUUGCAGAUGAAGUGAAGGCACAGUGGGAGGAAAAAAAAGCAAAAGAGCAAAGAGAUAUAAAUUGUGCUUCUCUGAACAGUGUUGGCUCUGAAGACUCAUCCCUGACAUCCUCUGAUCUUCAUACAGAGAGCUUAUCGAGCGACGACGUGCUGGAGAAACGGAGCAGCGGCGAGAGCGUGAGCCGGGACAUGCCACAGGUCAAGAUGAGGCAGCGAGAGAAUGAGCUUGCCAGUGGAGCAGAAGAAACAAGGCCUCUUAGUGAUGCAUCUUCAUGUUGUGAUCCAGCAGAAGCAGCUGUCAAGUUCAGAGAGAAGGCAAGAAACCAGGAUCUUAUUAUCAAUUUUCAAAACUAUCAACAACGACCUCUAACAAGAUAUCUACCUGUCCGAAGUGAACAGCACUUCGAUCUCAAGCAACAUAUUGAAUCAGCAGGUCAUCAGAUUGAACUUUGCCCCUAUAUUCUGGUCUCUGCAACUGCAUGUCGAGGUUAUCUCCACAAAUUGGGAUCAAAGUUUCGUACUUGGCAGAAAAGAUGGUUUGUAUUUGACCGCUCGAAGAGGGCACUUAUGUACUACAGUGACAAGAGUGAGAAUAAACCAAAAGGUGGAGUUUACUUCCAG